AGCUAAGGGGGAAUCGAUCUUGAGACAACUAUAUCAUACAUCAUACAAUCAUUGGCAUCGCACAAAAGGAGGCGAAUACCAAACAUCAUCUUCGCCACUUACAUUAAUACGACAUCGAAGUAGAUCAGCAUCUCCAGCCGUCCAGUACCUCGAAUCGGAUCGAGCUAUCGUCCUUCGCCGCCGUCGAUCAAGAUCGAGGCUAUACCCAGAUCGAUACCUCGAAUCGACAUCGCACAUUACAAUAAGGCAUCGUCCAACAUUCCUCUACGAUGCUCCGAACAAUCCUACGUCGAACGACCCGCCUCGCCACCCCUCAACUCGCCCGGCCUCUCUCUUCCUUACCACCCUCCGCCUCUUCGCACCUCGCUCUAGCUAAACCUAAAGCUCUCAAUGGCCUGUUCUCCGAUCAAAAGAACUCGGGCAGUACCGACUCGGACCUGCCUCCGACUCCCAACCCGACCGGCCUAGGUGGAGGCGAUCUGCAUCCACCUUCGAUCCCGGGAGGUGGACCAGGCGGACCGGAUCUCAAAGUACCCAGUCCUACGGGGACCAGCGCUGGUCCUUCAGCUCCUCCAGCUCCUACCCCAGCUCCAGGGUCUGGAUCGGCACCCGAGGAACCCGCAUGGGAGGGCAAGAAGGAAGACUCCCAGAGCCUCAAAGAACGACGGAAAAAGCUGUCCGAGACGACGGGUGGCAUGCCAGGUGGAAUGAGUCCCAACCAGGUCAUGUUCUUGGUCGUCGGCUCGUACAUCUUGUACUCGCUCACGCAGCCCAACGGCGGAGGAUCGAGCAGGGAGAUCACUUGGCAGGAAUUCCGCAACUCGCUGCUCGCACGAGGUCUCGUUUCGUCGCUCGAGGUCGUCAACCGAACCAAGGUUCGAGUUCAUCUGCACACUCCCGUACCUACUAGCAACAACAUCGACGCACCCAUGCCCGGGUCGGGCGGCCAAUCAUUGCCUUCGCCUCCUCACGGACCGGCACCUUACACCUUUACUAUCGGCUCGGUCGAGGCGUUCGAAUCGCUCCUCUUGCAAUCGCAAGACGAGCUCGGAAUCCCGCCCGAGGAGAGGAUCCCCGUGUCUUACCGCGAAGAGAUUUCCACCAUGCAGACCAUCUUGCAUUUCGCUCCGACCUUGUUGAUUGGAGGUUUGAUCCUGUGGAUGGCUCGACGAGGCGCUUCCGGGGCUGGUGGACCUGGAGGUGGGAUCUUUGGCGUGGGCAAGUCCAAGGCCAAGAUGUUCAACAAGGAGGACGAGAUCAGCAUGAGGUUCAGGGACGUUGCCGGGAUGGACGAGGCCAAGGAGGAGAUCAUGGAGUUUGUCAAGUUCUUGAAGGAACCGGCCAAGUACGAAAAGCUCGGAGCCAAGAUCCCUCGAGGUGCGAUCCUCUCGGGACCUCCCGGAACGGGAAAGACCUUGCUCGCCAAGGCCACGGCGGGGGAGGCUCAGGUGCCCUUCCUUUCGGUCUCUGGAUCCGAAUUCGUCGAAAUGUUCGUCGGUGUCGGUCCCUCCCGAGUACGUGACCUGUUUGCCAAUGCCAAGAAGCACGCUCCGUGCAUCAUCUUUGUCGACGAGAUCGAUGCCAUCGGAAAGUCCCGUGGCAAAGGCGGUGGGUUUGGGGGCAACGACGAGCGAGAGAGCACGUUGAACCAGUUGUUGGUCGAGAUGGACGGAUUUGGAACCAAAGAACACGUCGUCGUCCUCGCCGGUACAAACCGACCGGACGUGCUCGACCCGGCCUUGAUGCGACCGGGGAGAUUUGACAGGCACAUUGCCAUCGAUCGACCGGACAUUUCGGGCAGACAACAGAUUUUCAAAGUUCAUCUCGGUCCCCUGACGCUGAAUGUGCACUUGCCCAUGGAGAGGAUCGCUGAAAAGCUCGCCCUGCUCACUCCCGGGUUCUCGGGUGCCGACAUCGCCAACGUCUGUAACGAGGCCGCCUUGAGAGCCGCUCGACGUGGGGGAGACGAUGUCACCGAGGCCGAUUUCGACGGAGCGAUCGAGCGUGUCAUCGCCGGGUUGGAGCGCAAGUCGAGGGUGCUCGGACAAGAGGAAAAGACGACGGUCGCUUAUCACGAGGCUGGACACGCCGUCUGUGGUUGGUUCUUGGAACACGCCGAUCCGUUGCUCAAGGUCUCGAUCAUUCCUCGAGGCGUCGGUGCGCUCGGAUACGCGCAGUACCUACCCAAGGAACGAUUCUUGUUCACCACCGAACAGCUGAUUGACCGAAUGUGCAUGACGCUGGGUGGACGAUGUUCCGAAGAGAUCUUCUUUGGCAAGAUCACCACCGGUGCUCAGGACGAUCUGCAGAAGAUCACCAAGAUGGCUUUCGAGAUUUGCGCCAACUAUGGCUACGGUGGACAGCAGUCGCAGGGUGAACAGUUCCAGAAGCCGUUCUCAGAGGCUACCGCUCAGGCUCUGGAUCAGGCUGUCAAGAAAAUGGUCACCGACGCACACACCAAGACGAAGAAAUUGCUGACCGAAAAGAAGGCCGAGGUCGAACAGGUCGCCAAACUGCUGUUGGAAAAGGAGGUCAUCACGCGAGAAGACAUGAGGAACUUGCUCGGACGACGACCGUUUGCCACGGCAGACGAGAUGGACAGGUACAUCGAGAGCAAGCUUGACGACCAGAAGGCUGCCGAGGGCGCGACGACGACUGGCUCGACGACCCCGGCUGCUGGAGAGCCUCUGCUCGCUGCCAAGGAGGUCACAUUAUGAGCCCCCGUUGUCUUGGUCAGAGUCGCGUAGCGUGGGUUCCCGGGAAGCUUUAAUAAUGUAUCAUAACUCGCACAAGCAAACAGACACCGCAUAAAUGUAGAUGACAUGAAAUCCGAUUCGUUCAAUUCGACGGGAGCAGCGAACAGAAG